GGCUCGAGGGUCUGAGAGUUUUACGCUCCGAAUUCAUUGUGAAUCGACCCACGAUGGAAUGCGAAACAGAACUGAGUUUGCGAAUGUUCAAGGCUACUUACCUGUGAAAUAACUGUUGGAUCAGAAUUUUUUAUUUUUACGCGAGAAGAAUAUUCCAAUAAACUGACGCAAUUGACCAUCAAAACCGGAAAAAUGACGGAUGUUUCUCCACCGGAUUUCACCGUGAACAAUCAGAGAUACUGGAAUGAAAAGACCCCACCAAAGAGAAUAAAAGCUCUUCCACUUCCGCCCACCAAAUGGAAGAGAUACUCUCCCAGUGUGACGCUGGACGCUGCCGAGAAUUUGAUAAAGACUUUCCACAAGAUGAACUUGGAUGACAGUAUCGAUGCGAUGGGUCCUGAAAACUUCAAUCAAGUACAGGUUGCUAAUGUCAGCGACGUGAGCAAGGAGAAGAUCGAGUCGAUCAGUGGGAAACCAACUGAUACAUCCACUGGUGGAGAUUCGUUCAUAUCUUCAAAUGGAUAUGGCUCCAACUCAUGCAUCAAUGAUUCUUCAAUACUGAACACCAGUGAAGAUGAUCAUCCAGAUACAUCUACACCCGACCAAUCGCUGGCUUCCAAUUCAAAGUACAAGAUGUUCCGCCCGGCAGACCUAGUAAUUGAAGAAUCAAUCGAUGAGCAGAAUACCCAGGAUAUCGAGGACUUGGCACAGUAUAGCCCAGUACGUUCUCCAUUCCCUGGAAAUUCAUCGGAUGAUUCUCUUUUCGGUAGAGAGGAAACACCCGAACCGUUGAACUUUGAAUCUCCUCCGAAGGGAUCUUUCUUGAAGGCCAGCGAGAUGAAAAUGGUUCACCUACUCAAACGCUUCGGCCUCAGUCACCUAGCUUUCAUCUUCGUUGAGCAGGAGGUCGACGUGGAGAUGUUCCUGACUCUUGAGGAGAAAGACCUGAAGGAAAUUGGAAUCAAGAAAAAUACGGAUCGUAACAUUUUGCUAUCGGUAAUUUCCGAAUGUAAUGCUCGUCUGUGUGGUAUUAAAGACUAGACAUUAAUUAUCUCGUUGUCCCUCCCCUAGGCACAAUGAUUCCUUACUUUAAUAAUUUUUAUAAUGCCACGAUUAAAUCAUUGAUUGAUAUUGUCGAUUUUGCUUGCUUAAUUGUACAGAAGAAUUUAUCACAUCUAUAGCAUUGUUGUCUAAUGAAUAAUUAACACGAAAAAAUUAAUAUAAAUAAAUAAACAAAUAAAAUA